AGAACGCGCGUUUCUCGCGCUUGUGACCGAUGCCAUCGGCAGAAGAUUAAAUGCGAUGCAGCCCAACCCCGGUGCAAUUGGUGCACUCAUCAGAACGUCCCCUGUCUAUAUGAUAGGCAACGCAAGAGACGCCGCAAUUAUAUUGGUGCAGGGGAGAUACUCUACUGGGCUCCUCAAGUGUGCGCUGACGUGACCGUCUUUAGGCAGCCACGAGAAAAUGCUCGCAGUUCUCAAGGUGGUCACGUCACAUUAGGGCCUCGUACCAAUGCGUCUGAUAACGAGGUGGUGGGUGAUUCUACCCUGCCGCCAAGUAAACUUCGAAAUCACUCUCCGGAGCACUUAAACGGCCACAUCCCUAUAAUUAAAGGGAACGCCUUGUUGUCAUCGGCUUCAGACACUAUCCCUGCAUUAACGCGCACGCAGGAUAGCCAGCCUUCCAGAAAAUCAUCACCGUCCAUUGACUCUUUUAGCUCACCACCCUGGGAGAACAUUGCACAAUUUGACCCCGGUCUGAAUCACGAAUCAAGUUCAAUCGACCGAACAAGUCUGCCUGAUCAUGACGUGAUCAAAUCCCUUGCCAUUGACUUCUACUCUUCGAUUUAUAGUUCCAUAUUCCCGAUACUAGACCCCGUUCUCUUCGAACGAACUUUAUCGUAUGCUUAUGAGACUGAUCCUCGUACGCGAGGAGCUAGGAAGUCUGCUUGUCUCUGCGUGUGGGCUUUUCUUGCGUUCAUGUCAAUACAUCAAUUAGACGCAGGUCAUCGCAUAUCGCCAACUGAACGUUUGCGCGUUUUGCACUAUAUUGAGACCUCCAUGCAUAUAGGGCAAUAUCCCGACAUAGACCUGCUGCAAACAUCCGUCAUCAUGAUCGUCGUCUAUCUUUUUUCGGGAAAGCUUCGAAUGGCUGUCAUGUGGAGCACUUUUGCCUCUCGAGCAGUACUCCUUCUCGGAGGCCAUUCGAAGACAUGCCUUGAGCGCGCGUCGCUCUUCACCAACUCAAGUGAGCUAGAGUCUAGGAAAGACGCGCAUCUUCGAAACCUUUUCUGGUUGUGCUAUCAUUUCGAUAAAGAACUUUGUCGGCGUACCGAACAGCCACCGUUUCUAUUUGAACACAAUUGCGAUCUGAGUCUUCCUAGAGGCUACAAAGAUUCUGUCCAAUUUACCUUGGAAGCAGAUAUAUAUUCCCGGCCUCUAUUUCCCGGCGAUCUUCGGUUAACGGAGAUCCGUUCCCAGGCUUAUGCUGCUCUGUACUCUCCAAGAGCCCUCGAGAAAAGUGAUAGCGAGAUUUUGCAAGCGAUUCGAACAUUGGAUGACCGGCUUGAAGAAUGGCGAAUGGCUGUUGCACCUGACCACCGUCCAAAGCUUUUCUUCUCUGCGGCCGCCGGUAUCGGCCGCGAUGGCGCAGACAUGCGGGCGGUGAUGCUUCGUCUCGAAUUCCACCACUGUCUAGCUUACGUCCAUUUGGCGAGUAUCCGUUGUAAGUCAUGGAGUCAUCGGCCUAAAGGAGAGCUAGAGGGAGUCAGCACGAGCGUAAAAAUCUCUGUGUCGGCCUGCCGUUCAUCCUUGCAAUUUCUGCUAGCAGUGAAGUCGGCCUUGAAACCCAAGGUUUUCUGGCUCGUCGUGUUCUAUCCCAUAAUUGCUAUGCAAACCAUUCUCUGGAAUGUCCAGGAGAAUCCAAGUACUCAAAGUGCAAUGGACGAUGUUUCCCUUAUUAGUCAGGUCUCGCAGUUAUUA